AUGGAAAACCUUCCCAGAGGGCCUCGUCGAGAUUAUCGUAGACCCAGGAACGACAGAGACCACAGAGACGUGUACAGAGACCACCGUGGUCCUUAUAGAGAACAGCACGGGUACUAUGGAGAAGGCGGGUACGAGAGAGGGUACGCACGAAAUAGGGAGUAUAGACCUGCUAAUGGGAGGCCGUCCUUCCAGAACAGCUGUCCGCCGCUGGAGAAAAUCGCACGGGUGUCUCUCUGGGACAAGCCGGCGCCUGGGUUUGAGGGUGUGAGCGCUGCUCGCGCCAAAGCUUGCGGACUGUUCCCUGAGCCAGGCGAGCCCUCCAGAACUACAGACCUGGCAGAAAUACAAAGACUUUUGUCGCACGCUGCCACCAAUUACCGCUCGCAGGCAUUCCAGGACUCGAAACUCACCCCGCUGGACUCGCGUGUGGCCAAGAUGCUGAUUCUGCGAGCAGAUUUCAGCGUUGUCCGUCUGGAACGUGUGAAAAAAUACUUGGAAAAUUACCUGCUUGCUAACAUUGUGCCCAACGUGAAUUACGAGGAUGUGAAGAUACAGAUGCAUCCGACCCAGGACCCCAACACGGUGAUAGUCCAUACUUUGCGCUCCACGGUGGCCACGGCGCUUUUUGCGCUGACUGGCCUCGAGGUGCUCGAGCUGAACACUACGCUGUGUUUGGAGCGGCCAAAGGAAUACGUGGUGUUCAAUCCAAACGAUACGUCUGUUCCGCAAGAGCCACUGGAAGAUGUGGUCGAGUCGUCGCAGCUGUAUGUGGCCAGAAACGUCCCAUACGGCACGCCGCGAGAAAAGCUGCUCGAGCUUCUGCAGCCCCUGGCAAAAGUGCGCUCUUUGGCGCAGGUGCUUGACAAGUUGACGUACGAGUCCAAGGGAGUUGCGUUUUUUGAAAUGGUGAGUGAAGACCCGGACAUUUUGACUAAACUCAACAAGCUAGCCAUAGAUGACCAGGAACUACAGAUUUUUCGGGCGUGUGAAAAUCCAGAGCGCAAAUACGAGCAGGCCGUCAUCCUGUCGGCCGAAACGCUGUUUGGCGCGCUCCAGUCCGAUAAAAUCAGCCCGCAUGCGCCUUCGGAAAUAGUGCAGUUCCUCAAUUGCGUUGCGGUCGAGGAUCUUGUCGAUUCGGUGAAAUACAACGAUAUCAAGGUGGCCUUUGAGGCCGAGUGUUCUUACCACGGACAUCCGGAAAAGGUGCUUAUUCCCAGACCCGAGGGCGAUUUCCGGCCCGGCAUGCCUACGAAACCGGAGGUGGGCAGGAUUUUUGUGAAGUUUCCAACGUUGCAAGAGGCCCAGAAGUGUGCCGAAUCACUUGCCGGCCGCAAGUUCAACGGACGCACGAUCUUGGCGGCGUUUUACGAGCCAGACGACUUCAGCAGAGCGCUGUUCUAG